CUUUGAUACAUAAACUUAUCGUUAAAAAAAUUUCAAAUUUAAAGUUGGUUUUCAAAUUCAAAGUUAGUUAAAAUAAUGAAAGAAAGAUGAUAAAGCUAUAUUUUCUGUUGUGUUUGAUUGGCACUUUAAACUACAGUAAAGGUCAAAUCUGCACGGUUACUGACGGCUCUGGUUCUGUAUAUGAAUAUGCUCCUGCUAACAGCACAGCAUGGGAUGGUGGAGUUGAAGGAACUAAUGGCAUUGAUUACACACUUCAACUGGAUUCAGAGCUAACUAAAUAUUUUAACAUAAGUGCAGAUACACUUAUUGUAAAAUCUGGUGUUAAUAUCACUCGUGAUGACGGUACACAAAUUAGUGGAAAACUUAAUUGUUUUUUAACUGCAUUUCCAGGUCCACCAAUACCCACUACUUUACGGAUCGAUGUAAGAAAGAUUAAUAUCAAUCCACCAAUGUUUCAAGGGGAACCUUAUGCAACAUCACUGGGUGAUGGAACAAGUGUUGGUUCACAAGUUAUUGUAGUUUCAGCAACAGAUGAAGAAGUAAAUACCGUGGCCUACUCAAUUGUUGACCAAACUCCUGCUGAUGUGUUUGCACUAACUGGUUCAAGUGGAAUAAUAACAAUCAAAAAUCCAAUUCAGUCAUUCGAAAUGCAUAAUAUUACAAUAUCAGCAACAACCAGUGGAUUUGAUAAUGUGGGAGGUACUUUGAUACAAAACACUGAAACUGUUGUUCGUAUUACCAUUACUGAUGAUGAUAAUCAUGCUCCUCAGUUUCAACCAACUGUUGAAGUUGGGAACAUUCUUGUUCCACCAUUAUACACUGCAACUGUUGUGUAUGGAGAAACUAAUGUCAAUUUUACGAGUUCAUCAAUAGAAGCUAAAGAUUUAGAUGUGAAACUUAAUUCCGCAAUUAGAUACGGAUUUGUGAAUGGCGAUCCUUCUACAUACACUGAAUAUUUUCAAAUCGAUCCAACAACUGGUGUCGUAUCAAUGAAAAAAGCUUUGGAAGCAACUUCUGGAAUUACCAAGUUUUCAAUCUCAGUGUCAGCAACUGAAGACACAGGAAAGUCUUCAUUAACAUAUUUAACUAUUGAUGCUGUUAUGUCUGUUGACCAACACAAACCUAUGGUAACUGUUUCAUCUUCUGCAAGUAUUGGAUACAUUCAAGCAAGUAAUGCUAACUCAAUAGCAUAUGUAACUGAAGAUGAAGAAGGAAACACACCAUUUCAAUUUACAACCACUGAUGCCGAUAACAACGGAACUUUUAUCUAUGAAGUCACUUCACCUUAUGAUGUCACAAAAGCUGGAUAUCUAAUUUAUGACCCUCUGGGUACAACUACUACAUUUUCAGAUAUAAUAGAGAUUGUUGCAGUAAACAUUGAUGUUGACGUUGCGUCUCCAAAUCGAAGAUCUGAUCCCGUGUCCAUUACUGUCAACUCUGUCACAACUCCUGAGCCAACUACAAUGGAAACAACACAGCCGGAGACAACUGAAGCAACAACUCAGCAAGUAACAACACCGUUAUCAACUACAGAACAAGUGACUACUGAAGCCACCACAGUUGUAGUCACAACACAACUAUCAACUACAGAGCAAGUUACUACUGAAGCUACCACAGUCACAACACCGGUAUCAACAACAGAACAAGUGACUACUGAAGCCACCACAGUAACCACACCUGUGUCAACCACUGAACAACAAACAACACCAGUUACAACUCCAGCUUCCACAACUCAGCAGGUUACUACACAAGCCACCACAGUGACAACUCCUUCAUCUACUACUGAGCAAGUUACUACACCAGCAACUACAGUGUCCACUCCUUCAUUAUCAACCACUGAUGCAGUUACUUCAGCUGAAACUGCCACUACAGCUCAAGUGACAACACAGCAGUCAACGACAGACAGUACUGUUGUUACAAGCACUGCUACAACACCAGAAAUCACUACCAUUCAAACAACUGUAGUGACAACCCAACCACCUGACACAACACAAGCCACAACCGUAGGCCAAUCAACAAUUACCAACGGAAACACACAUCCCAGUAGUACAGCUCCUGGUUCAACAACAGGUGUACAAAGCACAUCACCCACAGUUGUAACACCCACUGUCACACCAGUAACAUCAGCUGGUAUUUCAACAAACACUGUAAUUACUGCACCAAAUACAACUUCAUCUCAAACGAUUUCUAUUCAAACCUCACCUGCGAAUCCAACCAAUAAUGGUGUUAAUACGACUGCAGCCGCAACCAAUAAUCCACAUACCACAGUGUCUACUUCAAACAUUCCAUCUCAACCAUGUCCAGUUGAUAUGACAACCAAAGGCAAUGGAGUUCCAGUUGGUGAUCAAGUGUCAGCAGUUACCUUGUAUGCCGUCGCUGGAAGUCUGGGUGCGGCUCUCGCUAUUUGCUUGAUCAUCAUUGCCUAUUUAUUAUACAAAUAUUGUCGGGAACCAAAAGAUGUGGAUGAUGAUAAGUCAGAUGAUGGAAACAAACCAGAAAGCGAAAAUAUGUCAAGUGAGCAAAUUAUAACGGUGACCGGCUAUUCAAAUGGGGCUUAUGAUAAACAUAAUGAAUCGAAUGAUGGAGUAUAUACAGAAGUAAAUGAGGUAGAAGGAAAAGAGAACGACAGUGGGACAGAGAUAAAUGAAUAUGAUCAGGAUAGAAGUUCACCUGAACCUGAACCAGAAGAAGAAGACGAAGAAGAAGAAGCAUCUCUUCCUGAACCUUUUGUUCCACCUGAGGAGGAAGAUAGAAAUUCAGAAUUGGAGUUACCUGCAGGAGGUUUGGUGGCUGCUGGUAUUGCUGGUGCUGCUGUUGCAACCGCAAUUGCAGAUGAAGUUGAUGAUAAAGAUGUUUUACCGUUACCAGUUAAUGAAGAUGAUGCGCAAGAUUAUGGAAAAGCUUAUGUAAAUGAUGAUGUGAGACAUGAAAGGAUUUUAAAGACGGGAUCAUUUGGUUCACUUCAGUUAGUUACCAUUCAAAAGUAUGGCUCCGAAAGAAGGGAUAAACUUUCUGUUGUUCACAAAUACAAGCUUGCUAAGAUAUCAUAUACAGAGAAGAGCAGUGUUGAAAGCCGAAUUGUUUUGUUGGAAAGAAUUUGUGAGCAAGAACAUAACAACAUUCUGCAGUACUAUGGAAAACAUGAAGAUGCAGAUGAAAUACAUUUUGCUAUGAUGUAUGCUGAAAAGGGGAAUCUAAGAGAUCACUUACGAUCUCAUGGACAUGAACUCUCUUCCUCACAAAUUCUUUUCCUCAUAUCAGGUGCUGGAAAAGGUUUGCAAUAUUUGCACUCAAGAAACAUCGUGCAUUGCCAUCUUCAAGCAAAAUGUAUUAUGUUGGACAAUCAACUUACUCCACUUGUUACUGAUGUUGAAAAUAAUGAAAUAGCGAGCGUUAAGGUUGGGGACAGGGAGAGGUGGCAAGCAUUAGAAGUAUUGAACAAUGAACUGAGUUCAAAAUCAACUGACAUUUGGUCAUUUGGAGUUUUAAUGUGGGAAGUAUUGUCACUUGGUGCAGUACCUUAUGAAGACCUUAGCAUUGCUACCGGUCAAAUUAAAGAAUAUUUGGAAUCAGGGCAGAGACUUAGGCAGCCCGCUGGUUGUUCUGAUGCUGUGUUUAAGGUAAUGGAAGGUUGUUGGAACGAGAGGUCAAGAAUGAGACCAGAUGUUUACGUCCUGAAUGGAAGCCUUGAUGAGAUGUUGACACAAGAUCACGAUGAACAUUUUACAAAUCAAAAAGUUCGCCUUGGUAAAGUAUCAUCUAGAGUGAUGCCUCUGUCUAUUGGCCACAAGUUGCCACCAAUAGCUGGUGCCAGGUUACCCCCGAUUAAACCAAAGUUUAAUAAAUAUGUACCUGAUGAAAGGAGCUCAUCAGCAUGGGAGUAACUUCAAAUGUAUCACCUGGUGAUGUUACAAUUGAUGUCUCAACUGAUCGUCUUUAUCCAAAUCUUGAUCAAGAAGAAGAUUUUACAGCGUUUUAGUUUUGAUAUACUUCUCUCGUGGACAAUAUAAAAAUAAAUCGGUCGUACAUCACAUACUUAAGCAUUUUCUUUGACGGUUCACCUAAUUCAAAAGUAUUUUAUUUUCAUUGGUUUUCUAAUGUUUUAUUCAUUUUAGCUUGUUUAAAAAUUUAAUUUUAAUAAUUUUGUGUUGCUUCGCCUUUGCCAUUGUUUUCAUGUUUAUAUAUUUCUUCUCAGUUGUAAUUUUUUCAGCUGUAUUCUUUUGAAGUGUUUUGAUAAUGUAGCCUUAAUUAUUAUUAAACUGGAAGCAAAAAUUCGAUUCAGAAAUUUGUUUUAAACAUUGUGCUUAAUUAUAUAAAUUAUUUUCUGCAACCGUUAAGCAUUUAGAUUGAACUAAUUGUUGUGAUUGCCCACACAAUUCAUUUUGCAAGUGUUGUGGGCGAUUUACUUAAACGUAGCCUGCGUUAUUUCUUAAAAAUUGGGUGAUAUUGUUUUUAUUUCAUAUCAUGUUGCUCGUUAAAUUGUUACUAAAAUUUUGUAACCCUACUGCAAUUAAUUUGGUAAUAAAAUAGUGCAAUCAAAUAAACCUUUUAUUUGCUUGGUAAUAUUAAAAUAUCACAAAAU